AUGUGGGAGUGUGGUCAGGCGGCCCAGACUGAGCAGGACUUUCCUUAUCCCAGUUGAUUGUGCAGCUCGCUUGUCUUCUAUUCACCAUGGCUUCUUCUGAUACCCAGGUGAAAGAACUGGAGAAGCGUGCCUCAGGCCAGGCUUUUGAGCUGAUUCUCAGCCCUUGGUCAAAGGAAUCUGUUUCGGAAUUCCCCCUUUCCCCUCCAAAAAAGAAGGAUCUUUCCCUGGAGAAAAUUCAGAAGAAAUUAGAAGCUGCAGAAGAAAGACCCAAGUCCCAUGAAGCUCAGAUCUUGAAGCAGCUUGCUGGUAAACGAGAGCAUGAGAAAGAAGUGCUUCAGAAGGCAAUAGAAGAGAACAACAACUUCAGUAAAAUGGCAGAAGAGAAACUGACCCACAAAAUGGAAGCUAACAAAGAGAACCGAGAGGCACAAAUGGCUGCCAAACUGGAGCGUUUGCGAGAGAAGGAUAAGCACAUUGAAGAAGUGCGGAAAAACAAAGAAUCCAAAGAUCCUGCUGACGAGACUGAAGCUGACUAAUUUGCUCUGAGAACUGACUUUCUCCCCAUCCCCUUCCUAAAUAUCCAAAGACUGUACUGGCCAGUGUCAUUUUAUUUUUUCCCUCCCGACGAAUAUUUUAGAAGCUAAUGUAGGACUGUAUAGGUAGAUCCAGACUGUAAGAUGUUGUUUUAGGGGCUAAAGGGGAGAAACUGAAAGUGUUUUUUCCUAAAGUGUUGGUCUUUCUAAUGUAGCUAUUUUUCUUGUUGCAUCUUUUCUACUUCAGUACACUUGUGUACUGGGUUAAUGCUAGUACUGUAUUGGCUCUGUGAAAACAUAUUUGUGAAAAGAGUAUGGAGUGGUUUCUUUUGAACUGUUAGAUGCUGAAUAUCUGUUCACUUUUCAAUCCCAAUUCUGUCCCACUCUUACCAGAUGCUACUGGACUUGAAUUGUUAAUAAAACUGCACAGUGCUGUUGGUGG